CUUAUGUGGAAGUUGACUAGUUGAACUUUUACUUGAACAUAACCAACAACGUUCCCACUUCCCACUUCCCACUUUCCACUUUCACUUCCCGCUGCUGGAAUUUCGCUCGACAGGCCGCCAUUAACACUUUCAUUCCCUUUCUUUUUCUGUUUAUUUUGAGAAAUGGAUGGAGAGGAGUUGACCGAGCAAGAAACUGCGUUGUAUGAUCGUCAAAUUAGGGUAUGGGGUGCUGAUGCGCAACGAAGAUUGAGCAAAGCGCAUGUGCUGGUUGGCGGGAUGAAGGGAACAGUUUCUGAGGUCUGCAAGAACAUUGUGUUAGCUGGUGUUGGAAGUGUUACAUUGGUGGAUGAUAGUCCAGUGACAGAGGAAGCACUGAGUGCUAACUUCUUGAUUCCUCCUAAUGAGAAGCUCUAUGCUGGACGUUCAAUUGCAGAGGUUUGCUGUGACUCUUUGAAGGAUUUUAACCCAAUGGUUCACGUCUCUGUGGAAAAAGGUGAUUUAUCAAAUCUUAGUACAAAUUUUCUUGAGAAGUUUGAUGUUGUUAUAGUCAGCGGUUGCUCUCAGAGCACAAAGAAAACGAUAAAUGAGAAAUGUCGGAAGUUGCUUAAGCACAUUGCAUUUUAUUCAGUUGAUUGCCGUGACUCUUGUGGUGAAAUAUUUGCUGAUUUGCAGGAUCAUUCUUGUACAAAGAAACAGGUCAACGAGACUGUUGAAUGCCGCCUGCAGUAUCCUAGUUUUGCGGAAGCUAUUGCAGUACCCUGGAAAUCACUCCCGAAGCGAGUCUCCAAACUUUACUUUGCCAUGAGAGUCAUUGAGAGGUUUGAGGAGUCCGAGGCACGUGCACCUGGGGAAACCUCGCUUGCUGAUCUUCCUAAUGUUCUGAAGUUGAGGAAGGAACUUUGCGAAGCACAGUUGUUCAGUGAAUCUCAAAUCCCUGAUUCCCUCCUCGAGAGAUUGCUAUCGGGUAAAAUGGAGUUCCCUCCUGUGUGUGCCAUAAUUGGUGGGAUUCUUGGACAGGAAGUUAUUAAAGCUAUAUCAUGCAAAGGAGAACCGAUCAAGAAUUUCUUCUACUUCGACGCCGUGGAUGGUAAAGGUGUAAUUGAAGACAUAUCAAAUCCCAAUCCCGCUAGUUGAGCAGACUCUCAUUUGUAACUUAACCAAAUUCAUAAAUGACAAUUAGGGCUUUUUGUUCUCCAACUUUAGUUAGAUUGGAUGAUGCUUUAGGUAAAUAGCACAAUUAGCGGAGAAAAUUUUGGCUUCAUCCUUUGAUCUGAUGUGAUGAUGAUUAGAAAGGUAUCCAUAUUUUGAUGAUGAAGUGGGUUAAAAUUAA